GCGACCCCGAUAAAACGAUUCGAAUGUGUGCAGGCUGUGUUCGUCGUGAGCGCAAACGAGCCGAACGUACAAAAGAUGGCAAACCUCGUAAAGAUAGUCGGUCUCCUACGGGAUCCGAAACGGAGCUUUCCAAAACCGCCGAAGAAGAGAUGGAGAUGGAUAUGAACCGUAUUUUACUAUUCAAUUGUGGUCCAAUGGUCAACUUUAGUUCUGGAGACGUCAUUUUACCUACUCGCAUUACCUGCUAUUGUCGUCAUCAUAAUGAAAAGAUUGGAUUCUGCUAUUGCUAGUGGUGUAUCACCUCCAAUCAUGAUUACGGACGAUCACAAAAACACUAAACAACGCAGCGCCGGCCGAAAACGCCCCCGUUCCGACGAUUAUGAAGUAUCCACACCCGCUGACUCUCGACGUGGUUCGGUGUCUCCGAAGCAAACAAAACAAGAACAACCUGUGAAUACACUGUCAAUUGCGGAAGCGGCCGAGUUAGCGUCCAUGUUACCCACCCCGUCGGAAGAAAAUGCGCCUACCCUAUUUGCGCCCAUGGCUUCUUCGACCAGCACACCCACCGUGAAUCCACCUUUGAACGAAAUCUUCCAACGUGCCAUUCAAUCAGACGAACCUUUACCGCAGUUAUUUGCCACGGAGUCUGAAAACACGGAAAUAUGGCCGUUUAAUCGUCGUCGACGUACGACACGCACGUUCCCAACAGGGAUAUCGGGUGUUUCCGGCUUACCCAUCGAAUUGCCUCCUCAGUUGGAGCGAUUGGUGCCGUCGCAAGGUCCCACGUACGGUGGUGUGGAAGUCACCGUAUUAGGCUCAGGCUUUUACCGUGGUUUGACGUGUCUGUUUGGAGAACAUCCUGCUACCACCGUGUAUUGGAAUCCCAAUACACUGGUCUGCGUUCUUCCGCCCGCGGCUCAUCCAGGGCCCGUGGUGGUAUCGUUCAAAGAACAUCCAUUGGUGAUUGAAGGACAAGACGUCGCUUUAUUCACGUAUUACGAUGCCAGUGAUCAAGCAUUACUGGAACUCGCUUUGCAAGUGGUCGGCUUAAAAAUGACCGGCAAGUUGCAUGACGCAAAACACAUUGCCAUGAGGAUCGUGCAAGGGGAUCAGCAACCUAGCUCCUCUUCAAAUCAGCACCAGUCAUCAUCAUCGCAACAUCAAUACAGCAUGGAUAUCGAGCAACAGGUGAUGAAAGCAUUGGAAACAUUGGAUGCUCCAGAUAUUGUACAUGCCAAUCCCAGUGGUCACACCUUGCUCCAUCUGGCAGUGAUGUUGGACUACCGGGAUCUUGUGCAAGCGUUGGUGGCGAAAAUUCGACCGGAAGAAUUGGAUCAUCCUGAUCGCAACGGGUUCACUGCACUUCACUUUGCUUGCUGGCGUGGAUCUCACUUGCUUACCAAGAUUCUCCUAAAAGCCGGUGCGAAUCCGGAGGCGACUUGCAGUCUUGGUACGGCGCUGGAAGUCGCUAAAUCGAACAAUGUCAUUAAAAUGUUGGCUUCCUGUACGGUGAAACCAUCACCUUCCCGUCGUCCGAGUAUCAAGGCUCAGUAUAUGCGUCGGUUCCACUCGUUGCAAGAAACUGAGGCUGUUGAAGAUGAUUUAUCCAUGGAUCAAAACGGACUGGGAUUAGCGAUUCCAAAAUCGGAUCGUCGUCUCUACAUGUUCUGGGUUCCUCUUCUUUUAGUGACGGUGGGUCUUUUAUACUUCCAGAUCCUCGGUAAUCGAACUUUCCUUACGGUGCUUUGGGAUCGUAUUCCUCUUCGCAACUUUGGUAGCAGGAUCGCCGUGUAAACAUGUGUUGUAUAUCAACAUGUUUCUUGUCAAUUCUCAUUUUCCUAUGUUUUUCCCUUUUUACUCAUUUUUAUCCCCCCAUUUGCAUUUUCGUUGCCCUUAAUUUGCUUUUCGUCUUUUUUUCUUCUUCUUUUGUAUGUGAUUGAUUUUUUCUUUAUCUUUCAUUGCUAGAUAU